AUGUCGGAGUCAUUUACAGAGGAUGAAGCCAUGCAAUUCUUGGAACGGGGAGGAAGGUGGCAUUGGAUCCAGGUAGUGCUGUUGCUGGCAUCGUACAUAUCAUCGGUUCACGCAACGUUCCUUAUUAUCUUCACAGGAUUUGAACCAAAGUUUGUAUGCCGUGAUUUGGAACUGAGUCUGGGUUCAGAUGAAAACGGCCUAAACAACCACAGCAUGGAGAUAUUUGACAACGCUUGUUUGGUCUAUAAUGCUACCUCAAAUUCGUCCGUUGGUUGUGACGCAGGAUUCCGUUAUGAUGUGUACAAGACAGAGUCUAUCGUGAGCGAGUGGAAUCUGAUCUGUGAUAAGGCCUAUCUGUCCGAGGUCUCUCAGAUGCUGUUCACGGUGGGCAGUGCGAUAGGCGCCGCCCUGGUGGCCCCACUCUCUGACCGUGUGGGGCGGCGCUGGACCCUCAUCGUCACGAGACUGCUCACCAUGCUCACCUCUUACGCUAUCCUCUUCGUCCCCGGGAUCACCGGCUUCAUAAUGCUACGCUUUCUGGGAGGUAUUCUGACCACGGGUACCAGUGUUGUCCGCGGGGUGUACCUCAGUGAACUGACGCCUCUCAAAUUCCGUCCCAUCAUGACCACUGUAUCCGGUACGGUGUGGGGAGUGGCUCUCUGUAUACAGGCUCUGAUUGGCUACCUGAUGAGGGGAAUGAACUGGCGAUACUUCCAGGCGCUCCUCUCUAUGUCUUUUUUCACUAUCAUUUUGGAUGUGAUAUUUAUAAAAGAAUCCUUAAUUUGGCUGUGUGCGAAUGACAGAAGAAAAGAAGCAUCCGUUAUUUUAAAAGCGGCUAUGAAAACAAAUGGUGUAACCGCUGAAUCAUUAUUUAGCAACAGAGAGAUAACCGUGCCUCUUCAGGAAAAAAGUGAAUUGACCUCUAGCAGAGACUAUAACAAAGACACAAGGCUGAUGAGCACGGCUGAAUCUAAUAAAACUGCCAUUUCCGACGAGGAGAUUAAACAACGACGAAGCACAGUCGUGGAUAUGCUCAAAAACCCCACCACCAGAAAGCUCCUUUUUAAAUUCCUGCCUGUUGUGGCUUGUAUGUGGUGCUUAAACAAUGGAACUACUAAAACCAUAGCAAUGCAAGUGGUAACGUUUAUUGGAAAAUUCGGUAUAUCGGCCACCUUCAUCUUGCUGUACUUUUACACCACGGAGGUGCUCCCAACGAAUUUCAGGACCACAGGACUGGGAAUUGGCUCGUUUUUCUCCAAAACUGGAUCCUGUCUGUCACCGUUUUCAAGCGUGUUGCUGCGUCUGCUGCCAUGGGGACCCGGUGUUAUCUUCGGCGGUUUUUGUCUUGUCGUGGCUUUGCUCUUUGUCUUUGUCCCUGAAACAAACAAUCGACAGCUCCCUCAAACUGUUAUAGAAAUUGAAAUGUGGGAAAAAGAAAAAAAGAGUGGUGAUAAAAUCUACAAAGUAAACGAAUGA